AUGUCUACACAACAGCCUCUCCGCCUGGGAUGGAUAGGCCUAGGAUCAAUGGGCCUAGCCAUGGCGACCAACAUCCAGAAACAUCUCUCACAGCACAAUCUACCACCACUGAAGUACUGGAACCGAACUCUCUCACGAGGUGACAGCCUGAAAGACAUCGGAGGCACACCCUGUUCAUCGAUCACAGAACUAGUUCGAAACUGCGAUGUGAUAUUCAUUUCCGUAAGCGACGACACAGCCCUCCAAACCAUAACUUCCACCAUCCUCUCCAGCGGCCCCAUUACAGCCAAAACCAUAAUCGACACAACAACCGUCCACCCCACCACCACAUCAACCAUAACAGCGCAGUUCACCUCUACAGGCGCACACUACAUCGCCGCCCCCGUCUUCGGCGCCACACCCCUCGCCCAAGCCGGUCGUUUGCUGAUGGCUAUCGCGGGGCCUACAUCUGCCAUCACCCCCAUCCUGCCCUUCCUAGAAAACGUAAUCGCGCGCGCGGUCAUUAGAGUGGGCGAAGAACCAUCCCAAGCACUUCUGCUGAAAACAACAAGCAACUUCAUAACCGCCGGUCUCAUGCUGCUCCUUAGUGAAGCCCACGUGUUGGCUUCUAAAACCGGUCUUCCCUCAUCCGUCCUCGAAUCGCUUAUUGAAGAGAACUUCGGUGCGUACGCACACGGCGUGUCGAAACGGUUGACGAGUGGGAGUUACUUUCCGCCGGAGGGCCAGGCGCCUUCUUCGGGGUUGGAGCUGGGGAUUAAGGAUGUGGGUCAUGGGGUUAGUCUUGCAAGGGAGAACGGGAUGAAGCUGGGGAUUGGAGAGAUGUAUCUGGAGGCUGCGGAGGAGGCGAGGGCGUAUGGGGAGGAGAGGGGGAGGAGGUGUGAUAGUAGUGCUGUUUUUGGAGUGGUCAGAAAGAGGGCUGGAUUGGAGUUUGAGACUGAAGUGGUUAGGGAGAGGGAUGCUGAUGGAGGAGAGAAGAUGAAGUGA